UCGAUCGCCUUGCCGCUACAGACGGCCGCUGAGUGUUUCGGCGCGAGUGCGGAGUGUUUCGUACAAGGCGAGGCGCGCGAUUUCAACGCUCUUUAGUGGACGAAUAGUUAAGCAGUCGUCGCGCGUUUCGCAGCGCCCGAGAUCGGAGGACGUAAGCCGAGCAGACGGCCUUGGCGAAUUAUAAGGGCUUAGUUAGGGUUAACCGCCGGCAGACGGUGGCCUACCUUGCGCGAACUGAAUGCCUGUUGCACAGUUGCGGUACGGGCGCGGCUGUUUCUGCUUAACGCGUGUAGUUGAGGAGUCGCGUAAUCGAAUGGUGCGGCCGUGGGAGCUGGACGACUCACCUGAGGUCGUAUCGUCAUCGAGGCAGCUGACCGUCGAAAGGAAUCUCACCGUGCAUACUCUCAGCACGGAAACUUCAGAGUCAUGGCCUCACCACCCUGAGUGAACGUUGGACCAGCCGCUCCUGAAAACUGGUGACUGAAAAAGUCUGCAGCAGGGGAAGUCAUCACCAUGGCCGGAGGCCAACUGGUUCGACGCUGGAAUGGUUGCGCUCACGUGCCCCAGCAUGGUCCGGACAGCAUUCACAGCUGGCUCAUUGCCGGUGCCUGUGCCCUGGCAUGCUUCUUCGCCAUGGCUGGGCGGCGUUCGGCGGGCUUCCUGUUCGUGGCCAUCCUGGACACCUUUCAAGUCAACAGGACGGAGGGAUCGUGGCCCAUCAUGCUUAUGGGCGGCCUCGUCUACUUAGCAGGCCUUAUCACAGGGCCCCUGGCGCACCGUUUCAACGCGCGGCCAGUCAUCAUUGCAGGAGCUGUGAUCUCGGGUAUUGGUGCGAUGCUGAGCUUCUUUGCCAAUAGCAUCGCCAUGAUGACAGUGACACUUGGAGCGAUACAUGCGAUCGGAGCCGGUAUGGUGUUUGUCGUCUCGCCGACCAUAAUCAGUGAGCACUUCGUCAAGCACAAAGGUCUCGCAAUGGGCAUCAACUUUACCGGCGUCACAAUGGGCACGUUCGUUUUUCCCAAACUUCUCGAGUACAUCACCAAGACGUACGGCCUGCGCGGCGCACUGCUCAUCUUCGGUGCCAUUGUAAUGAACGGGCUCGCGUUCAGCCUGUUCCCGCGGACACCCAAGUGGCGAAGCGCCUUUCCCGAGGAAAAGCUGGUCAAGGCUCAGGCUUCACCGUCUACCUCCAGUGGCGAUAAGAAACACGGGACUUUGCGCCAUGGGCUCACCGUGUUCAAGCACCCCAUCUUUUAUCUCGUCAUGUACAGCUUCAUUGUUCACAGCUUCGGGUUCGAGUGUUACAUAUCAUUGUUCGUGGACUUCGCCGUAGACCGAGGUGUCGCCGUUUCCAGUGCAGUUACCAUGAUUUCCAUGGGAGCCAUCGCCGAAGCGCUCGGCAGGCUCACACUCCCCGCCGCCGUCGACCGUGGCUGGCUGACAAACAAGCAGCUGAUAGUACUAAUCUUUGCCGUCCAGGGAGGAAUGUUCAUAAUCCUGCCUUUCCUCUACAUUCACGGGCUCAUCUUCGCCGUGGCCGCCAUCAUCGCUUACACCAUCGGCACUGGUCUAGUGCUGUUUCCCGUCAUCCUCGCUAUUUACCUGGGCCAAGAAAGGAUGUCCAUGUCAUAUGGAAUGGUCAUCGCCUCAGCCGGGCUACUCUCGUUUAUAAAGCCCUCUGUGAUAGGACACUUUCGGGACUACGUUGGAGCCUACGAUGUGCUUUUCGUUAUCUGCGGGUCGCUCAUCGCCUUUGGAGCCAUAAUGUGGAUUCUUGUGUUCACGUGGGAAGCGAGAGAAAGGAAAAAAGAUGUCGUGGGCAAAGGUGGUGCGCUGGAAGGUGCUGAGGCCGCUACAAAAAUGUAGGAAUUAUAAAUUGUGAAGUAUUAUUCGCACACUCAUUCAGGGUAGAAGAGGAAAACACUAGCAGUCGUCAACGGGUAAAGGCGAUCUCCUGGCGCUGAAGUACUCAGUCCGCGUUUCUUAUCGCCUUUAGCAUACGCGAGGGGAUUCAGAAAGCUUCUCAUUGCCACUCUCUCAGUGACAGCAUCGGCGCUGCAUCUCCCAUUCAUAACUCCGCAAAACUCUACACUUCUGUCAGUUUCGCACAACGUCUGUGCGACAACAGCACAUUAUGCAUAUUCUCACAUUGUCGUGACGGCCAAGAACAAGCAAGUGUUACAAAUGUGAAUCAGGAUUGUAGCUCUGUACUCGGUGAACUUGUACAGUGAAAAAUAUGAGACCCUCAAAUCACAAAGAUGGCAGCGAGAGCCGUCGUCGGUGAUCGGAAUCUUUACUCACGGGUCAUGUGCGUCGGCUAUUUGUACAUGGAUCAUUGUACAUUCCAGCGACCCGCCGUGGUUGCUCAGUGGCUAUGGUGUUAGGCUGCUGAGCACGAGGUCGCGGGAUCGAAUCCCGGCCACGGCGGCCGCAUUUCGGCGGGGGCGAAAUGCGAAAACACCCGUGUACUUAGAUUUAGGUGCACGUUAAAGAACCCCAGGUGGUCGAAAUUUCCGUAGUCCUCCACUACGGCGUGCCUCAUAAUCAGAAAGUGGUUUUGGCACGUAAAACCCCAUACUUUUUUUUACAUUCCAGCGCUCGCUUACGUUUAAGAAUGUACGCGCGAAGUUUGGUCGUGGACGCAAUGCGAUUAGACCACAUUAUUUCGCUAUAAAAUAGGCGACAACACUGAAGU